AUGAACGGCACCUGGGGGUACAAUACGACCGUCGAGAUCCCCGCCGUGCCGGGCUACUAUUCGAGCCUGGCAACGUGUGGCUUCGUCGACGAAGACGAUUACGAGCUGGCGGCCUUGGGCGGGGGCAACACAAACACGACAGAUACGACCGUGCGACUGACCGCUAAUCGGGACGGAUGCGAGAUGAAGCUCGAGUUUGACGUCGAGCGCUUCGGCUACGACAUGUAUUUCCCCAUUGCGGCCGCCGAGUGCAGCGAGACCGCCUCCAACGGUGCGGGCACCGUUACCGUGCCGAAACUUCUCUUCCUUUUGGCGUGGCCUAAACCAGGUGCCACAGAGAGCUUGGCCCUGGCAACUCAAUUGACCGUCUGCACGCCCGUCUACGGAGUCGACGUCGGAACACUCCAUGUCGGGGUUCUCGGUACGCACGACACCAAGUCCGUCAAGUCCUACGAGCCGGAGACGUGUUUUUCCGAGGCCAGCGAGGGAUGCAAGGGUUUCGUGGACGCCGAUGGCUCGAGAGAGGAGUUUAGGGCCGUGAUCAAGGCGAUUGCCGAUCUAGAUGAUUCGCAGGACCUGGCGCGCGUCAAGACCAGCAAGUUCGGGACUCUGAUUCUGAACAAUUAUGAUAUUAACAGGCGAGACGCGACGCUUCCGCUCACUGUUGAGUGGCCUUCGGACGCACAAGAGAUGCGAGACGACCUCAUCACCGCUGCGCAAGCGGUGUAUCGUACCCUGUUCCUGGCCGCGUCCUCCACGAUCGCGACGGACGCGGCAGGCUGGCCGCUAGACUUUCGUAACGCCACCGUUCAAGUCGUCACCGAUACAGAGAGGCUGUUUGCCGUCGGAUGGGUCUGCUGCUUUACCCUUGCCGUACUUCUAGGGUCCCUAGGCUUGGCGAUCUGGGCUUGUCUACGGAGUGUCGAGAUGAGAGAUUGGGAUGUCAAUGCGCCGUCCAACAUCAUCCAAACGCUAGGCCUUAUUGCGGGGAGCGAGGAGCUGCUUUCGGUCGGAGCGGACAUCAAGAGGGCGGGCGAGGGUACCUUUGAGGAUGCGGCCGUCAAUGAUUGGAAUUGCGGGAAAGCUCGCUUCAUGGUGGAGGCCAAUGGUACAGACCGAAUACUUCGGAUGUAUCCGCACGAUAGUCGGGACUCAUGA